AUGGAUCCCAACAUCCAAAGUACUUUCCUGUUCAACAACAGCCUUAACCAGUUUACCGCCGAGCUCAAGGCGCCAGUAUGCCAGUAUUCGGUGCCAAACGCUUUCUACAAACUCAACACGGGCCAGCUGCCGCCAGGGACACCUCAUGGCAUCAGUGACAUUCUCAGCCGAUCCAUGAUGGGUGUGGGCUCCACGGGUACGGGGAACACCCUAAUCUCUGGCUACUCAACCGUGAGUGGCUUUGGCCCACCCGUUUCUAGCACAUCCAUGUAUUACAACCGAGACUACGGCUCCACUUUGAGCAGUUUGACCAAGACUGGAGCCGAGUGCCCCGUGAAGGGUCGCGCCAUGAGCUGCUGGGCCGAGAGCGGAUGCGACUGGAGAGGAAGCAAGCAGCAGUGUGCUAACAAUUGUGGUCAACUGGCCGAGAUAUCAGGCCGGAAGAAGCACACCAGGCCGACCUUUAGUGGUCAUCAGAUAUUUGCUUUGGAGAAGACCUUUGAGCAAACCAAGUACUUGGCCGGACCUGAACGGGCCAGACUGGCUUAUUCUCUGGGCAUGACUGAAUCUCAAGUUAAGGUUUGGUUUCAAAACCGUCGUACAAAGUGGAGGAAGAAGAGCGCGACUGAGCCGAGCUCCACUCAGCCCCAGGCUGGGCACCCCGGGGAGGCCUCGGACAACGAAGUGGAGGAUGAGGAGUACAACAAGCCCCUCGACCCGGAUUCUGACGACGAUAAGAUCCGGUUACUCCUGCGCAAGCACCGUCGAGCUUUCUCGGUCCUGCGCCUCGGGCCUCACCAUGUGUGA